UUCAGUGUACUGUCAUUGCACUACAACAGUGUUUUCAGUUUAUCUUUUAUUUUUCAGACUGAGUGGCUGUAACCUCUCAAAGAAAAGCUGUGAAGCUCUUUCCUCAAUUCUCAACUCCCAGUCCUCUAGUCUGAAAGAGUUGGACCUAAGUAACAACGACCUGCAGGAUUCAAGAGUGAAGUUUCCAUACUCUAAACUGACAACUCUCCGACUGAGUCACUGUAACCUUGCAGAGACAGCCUGUGAAGCUCUGUCAUCAGUUCUUAGCAUGCGGUUCUCUAGUUUGAGAGAGCUGGACCUGAGUAACAACAACGUGAAGGAUUUGGGAUUGAAGCUUCUGUCUGUUGGUCUGGAGAGUCCAUACUGCAAACUUGAAACUCUCAGUCUGUCAGGCUGUUUGAUCACAGUGGACGGAUGUGCUUCUCUGGAAUCUGCCCUGAGUUCUUCCCACUCCCAUUUGAGAAAGUUGGACCUGAGCUACAAUCAUCCAGGAGACUUGGGAAUGAAGCUGUUGUUGCCUGAACAGAAGAAUCCAUCCUGGAAACUGGAAACUCUCAGGGUGGAGCCUGCUGGAGUCCGAUGGUUGACACCAGGUCUGAGGAAGUAUUCCUGUCAACUCACAAUCGACACAAACACAGUACACACAAACCUCAAACUGUCUGACAACAACAGGAAGGUGACACAUGUGGAGGAGGUUCAGUCAUAUCCUGAUCAUCCAGACAGAUUUGAUGUUCAUCCUCAGCUGCUGUGUAGAAAUGGUCUGACUGGCCGCUGUUACUGGGAGGUUGAGUGGAAAGGAGAUGUUGACAUAUCAGUGACUUAUAGAAAAAUCCGAAGGAAAAGUGGCAGUGAUAACUGUUCAUUUGGGUGGAAUGAUCAAUCCUGGAGUCUCAGCUGCUCCGAUGAUGGUUACUCUGUCUGUCACAAUAACAGAGAAACAUCCAUAUCAUCCUCCUCCUUCUCCUCCUCCUCAGUCUCUAACAGAGUAGCAGUGUAUGUGGACUGUCCUGCUGGCACUCUGUCCUUCUACAGAGUCUCCUCUGACACCCUGAUCCACCUCCAUACCUUCAACACCACAUUCACAGAACCUCUUUGUCCUGGAUUUAGAGUGUGGUUUCCUGGUUCCUCAGUGUUUGUUUGCAGAGAAUAAUCUAAAGAGUGUACUCGUGCCUCUUUAGAGAAACACUUUGACUGUUGAACAGAUAGUCUGUACAUGUCUGUCUGUUUCACUCAGAAACACGUUUUCAGAUUCAUGGAUAAAGAUGGAAGCUUUGAUUAUUCCCAGAUCCGCAUGUUUUUCUGUUGUUUUUCUUUUUCCACUCAAAGCUUCACACUGAAUAUCAGUAUGUUGUGUUUCUCUGAAGCUCAGUUCACAACCAGCUCCUCUGCAUUUUCAACAAAUAUGAACUCAUUAAAAAUAAUCUGCUGUGAUAUCAAAAAUGAAUUCAGUUUAAGGUAGAAUGUUAUUUUAUAUUUCUUAGAUAUUAAAUAUGAAAUGGUAACUCACGUGAGCCACCUUAAAAUCACUAUAGUCUGUGAUAGGAACUGAUGUCAUUAGCAAACAGGAUGUUAGCCAGUGAAUUUGAGGAGACGGGCUGUGCUCAGCUAGUUAAAUCCAGCAACAUCCACUUACAUCUUAUGCCUUUUGUGGCUGCCGUCAUCAGCGGUUAUGCAGUUUUAAGGUAAUUUCAUGGUUUUAAGUUAUAAUAAAUACAUUAAGAAUACUUUGUUUUUAAUAAAUCAGAUUGUAAUGUACAGUGGUCCUUUGUUUAUGGUGUUAUGUUCUAAAAAUAACCCGCAAUAGUUGAA